AUGUUUCUCCUGCCUACAUCAUUAUCUGUCUCUCUUCUUUCCCUCUUUUGUCUCUAUUCCAUUUCUCCUUACUCUACUAAUGCUCUCUCUUUUUUCCCCUUUCUUUUCUUUCCCAAUUUUCCUUCUCUCUGUCAAUAUUUGUCGCUUUCUUUUGUACUUUCUAACAAUCAUUCUCGGCCUUUCUCUCACACUUUAUCUGGUUCCAUUUCUCUCAAUCUCUCUACAUUUCUCUUUUCUUACUCUUUCUUUCAUACCCAGCUUUCCUCCUCACUUUCGACUAAUCAUUCUCAGCCUUUUUCUCUCCCUUGUUCCGUUUCUCUCAAUCUCUCUACACCUCUGUUUUCUUACUCUUUCUUUCUUACCCAAUUUUCCUUCUCUCUUGAAAUAUUUUUACCUUUCUUUCUAAAUUUAUACCAAUCAUUCUCAGCCUUUCUUUCUCACCUGUCCACUUUCUCUCAAUCACACAACCACACACUUUUCUUAGUCUUUUUUUCUCUUCGAGAUCCUCCUCUUUCCAUCUCAUUUAUCUCCUCUUCUCUUAAUCAUUCUCAACCAUUCUCUCUUUUUCUACUUCUCUUUUUUUUCCUUUUUCUUUUCUCUCUCUCAAUUUUCCUUCUCUCUUUAAUAUUAGUCUCUCUCUCUCUCUCUCUCUCUCUCUCUCUCUCUCUCUACCUCAAGAUUUCUCGCUAUUUUUCUCAACAGUUGCUCAAUUUCUCUAAAUCAUUUCCCUGUCUCUUUUCUUUUUCAAUCUCCGUGGUUUUUCUCCUCUCCCCAAUAUGUCUUUCUCUCCUUUCUCUCUCCAAAGUUUUCCUUCUAUCUCGCAAUAUUUCGCUAUCUCUCUUUCUCUCUUUAAUUCUCUCAGCCUUUCUUACACUCUCCAAAUAUUCCUUAUCAGCCCCUCUCAUUUCAUCACUUUCCCCCCUAUCUCUCUCUCUCUCUUGCUCAACUUCUUUUAAUCUUUCUAUCUCUUUUCCUCUUCUUUUUUCUCAUUCCCAAAUUUUCCAUGCCCUCCUCAAGAUGCAUGUUUUCAGAUUUUCGUUCAAUAUUCCUUAUUUUUUUUUCUGUAUCGCCAUUCGUCCAUUUCUAUAA